UUCAUUUCAAUUUUCAGCGACAUGACAUCUCACUGAGCAAAAAAGAAAGCCAGGCAUAUUCUGCUGCUCCAAGUUUCUUGCACGCUUUCUCAUAUAUUUUCUCUCUCUUCUUCGCUUCUUUCUCUCUCUCUCUUCGACUCUGCUGAGAAUUUUCGAGGAAAAAUGGGAGAUAUUAUCGCUGAUGAAGCUUUGCAGUUGUAUAAUCGCGAUUCUUCUGAUUGUAGACGUCACUGCAAGAAUGUUAAAGAUAAUGUUCAUGGACUCAUUCUUCUUGAUCCGCUCGCACUGAAGUUCAUAGACACCGAACAAUUCCAGAGACUUCGCGAUCUUAAGCAGCUUGGGGUCACACACCUGGUGUUCCCAGGGGCUGUUCACUCUCGGUUUGAGCACUCACUUGGAGUAUAUCACCUUGCUGGUGCAGCUGUAAAUGAACUUAAAAGAUACCAAGGUUCGGAGCUUGGCAUAGAAACUUUCGAUAUGCAAGCAGUGAAACUUGCAGGGCUACUGCAUGAUGUUGGUCAUGGUCCAUUCAGCCACAUGUUUGAGAGUGGUUUCCUUCCCAAGGUUCUUGGUGGUGCUAAAUGGUCUCAUGAGGAUAUGUCUUAUCGAUUGGUUGAUUACAUAGUUGAUGAGCACAACAUAGAGAUGGAUGAUGGAAUGUUAAAGAAAGUGAAGGAAAUGAUAGUUGCCAGCACCGAGCAUGGUUCUGCAGAUCAGAGUGUGAAGGAGAAGAGGUUCUUAUAUGAUAUUGUGGCAAAUGGUCGAAAUUCAAUUGAUGUUGACAAGUUUGACUAUAUUGUUCGUGAUUCUCGGGCUUGUGGUCUUGGCUGCAGCUUUGAGUUUGAACGGUUAUUUCAAACAAUGCGAGUCAUGGAUGAUGAGAUAUGCUAUCGAGCCAAGGAAUAUCUCACUAUAAGCAAGAUGUUCAAUACCCGUGCUGAUCUGCAUCGAACAGUUUAUACACAUUCAAAAGUGAAGGCAAUAGAACUUAUGGUCGUUGAUGCAUUGUUGAAAGCAAAUAAUCAUCUUCAAAUUACCUCGAAGAUUCAUGAUCCUGCUGAAUUUUGGAAGUUGGAUGACACAAUAAUAAAAAGAAUCGAAAUUGAUCCUCAUCCAGCUCUGAAAGAAUCUAGAGAUUUGAUUUCUCGGAUAAGGAGGAGAGAUCUCUAUCAGUUCUGCAAUGAGUUUACUGUUCCAAGAGACGAGCUUGAACACUUCAGGGACAUUACUGCCAAAGAUAUUAUAUGUUCACAGGUGUCUGGUGGGGUGACCCUACAAGAAGACGAUGUUGUUGUGAGCAAUACGAAGAUCGAUUUAACACGAGGCAAAAUUAAUCCACUAGGAAGCAUCAAAUUCUUUCAGGACUAUGAUAGUGAUAAGAGCUUUACCAUAGGUGACGGAAGCAUCAGCCAGCUACUGCCUUCGUGUUGUCUCGACAGGAUAGUUAAGGUGUACGCUAAGAAGCCAGAGCUGGUGGCAGCAGUUUCCGAUGCAUUUGAGAACUUCCAGGAACAGAAAUAUGGGAGAAAAACUCAAGUACACGGAACACCACAGAAGAAGAAGCAGCGAAAACUCUGAAGUCUGCAAUCAUCGUCAACUCUAGCAAGAAUGAUCAACUGUACAUAACUGUCCAAGAUACGACGUAUAUCAUAGUAUAUUUUGUAGGUAAUAUAGACUAAGAAAAAUAGCUGGUUAUGUUGAAAGGUUUUGACUUUUGAUACGCAACUGAUCGCACAUGGUGUUGUAAAUCCGUGUAUUUUUGACAUUGGUGGCACAGCAAGGUUCUAGUCUCAAAGCUUAUGUUAGGCAACAAGCAGUAUAUAAUACUGUGAUUUUUGGUAAGUUGAUUCUGCUCAUACUAGUAUAGAGUACCAUCAUUUGAUGUUUCCUUUUCAUUUUUCCCUGAUUUGAACUUGCUGAUGCCAAAUUAUUCUUUGAUAAUGUAAUUGGUGUCUGCCUUUUGCUGUAA